UUUUGCUGUUUUGCACUGUGCGCUGUGGUGUGUCAACAAUGACAACUAAUCUCUAAAUUCCAUAAAUUACUCUCGUUUCUAAAUUUGGAACAUAAUUGGAUUGACCUGGUUUGGGGGUCCAAUAUGAAAUGCUUUCAUUGGCCUAAAAUCUGUACUACUGGUAUGAAGGUUUCAUUUAAAAGGCAUUUUGGUUCAAAUUUAAUGUUCUUUAAAAACUGCGGUGCGAUGGCUUUGCCCCUAGGGGGAGCCGUUAUGCUGCUAAAUACGUGAUUGCAGGUUGAAUGGGGAUUUAGGGCGUCAUUGAAGAAUAACUAUCAGUCAAGCAAAAUAGCAGUCCCGAAAUGAUCGUCUCCCUUCAUGCUUUUGUUCAGUCACUAUUAACUAAAGUGAUUCCAUGGAUCAUUUUAUUUACUAAAAAGUCCAAUGUCUUUUAUUUCUUCAGUAAAAAACAUUAAUACUGAAUUGAUUAAGAUGCAGGUAGAGUGAAAAGGUGUUUCGAAAAAUCAAGAACUGGUAACAGUUAAAUGCUGAAUAUGUAAAAAUUGUUCGUUAUUUCUGUUUUGUGCAUGAAGGUGCUUUUCCCUAAAUGUUUUCGCUGAUUAGAGAGAUCCUAACCCCUUUUCGCCGGGGUUGAUCGCGCCGCCUUCCCGACAGGGGGAGCAUGGCGGCCCCUUUCGGUCAGUGCCGCCGAUAGCUGCUCCACCCUCGGUGACAGGCAGGCAGGCAGUGAGCAGGUAGACGCUCAAUGAGGUCCCAGGGGAAGCCGAGCAGGAGACAUUACAAACGUGAAGCUUUUCUCUUUUGCUUGACUUUUUUUGCGUACAUCCUUCCAUUUAAGGAUUGCUUUUGAAGUAUUUGAACUCGUUUUAGUUUACCAACAAAUUUUUAAACCGCCUCCAAGAACUCGCUGAAGUUGAUUUACAUUUUUAUGAAGUUUUUUUUUCUUUGCUUGCUUAUGUUCGUUCAGCUUCAAAAGGAUUUCGGCUUGGAAAUUAGAACAAAAAACCACCGUGGAAGUGACAUCGGACAGCGAUCUUGUGUUAGAUGCACGGAGUAUUUUAUCUUGGGCGCCAUGCGUGUAGUUUUGCUUCAGAAAUUACACGUGUUUUUUACACCCCAGCGAGGUGUCCUGCUAGCUAGCAGAUUUUCUGCAGCCCCCCUCGGACGUAAAAUAAAUACACUGGCUUUGAUCGCUGUUUAGCUACAGAUAUUUCUGCCUUCUCUCUACCUGCCUAUUUCCCGGAUUUUCUGAUAUUUUGUUCGUGUCUUUUUUUCCUACUCAACGACAGCAUGCUCUCCUGUUCCCCCGGCUCUUACAAGAGACAAACCCGCAACUUAUAAGUUUUUCCCCCGCACUGGAAACACAUAGGUGGUAAAUUACUCAAAUCCCAAUGUCUGGAAGAGGGAAACGGCGUUGAAAGAAAUCCAAAAUAUCUGUGCUACUAGACGUGUGUCAUAUACAAUAUGUCACAAUGGUGCAUUCUUUCAUUUUAAAUUUACUGUGGAUUACAUGAAAUAAACAGGCUCGGAUGGGAUUGCUGUAAAUAGUCAUCUUGUACCAGCGAGCGAGAAGGGUUUGGAAAGUGGCUUUCGGAUCUGUAAAUAUCUGCAAGACAUUGCGACUAUUAAAAACAGAAGAAAUAAAGUUAGUGGAUAUUCUCCAAUCUGAGGAAGAAGAAUCGGGUGAGCAGAAGCGACAUGAAAGCUGGAAAUGCGUACAAUAGGGCGUCAGGGAGGAUCGGAAAAUCAAUGCAUGCUUCUCGCUAGUUACAUUGUAUAGUUACAGCACUUCCUGUAACGAUAUCUUUUUAAAUGCAAUCAAAGCCUUUUUCCCGUCUCAGUGGCAACACUUAGUAAGAGGGUAAAUCAGGUACUCUUGUUAGGUACUUUUUUUCAAAAUAUUUUUUUAAGCAAACUUCUGCCACUCAUGCUCCCGUGGAUCUGAAUUAUGCAUGCUGUAUUUCCUUCCAGAAAAGUUUGUAUUGUAUUUUAAAAUGAUGACCAAUAUCAUUACAACUUUUUCUUAACUUGAUCAAGAAGGAGGUUGCAGAUUGGGGCCAUGCCAUCGGGAGCCAUGCACUCGUGCGCAUUUUAGGACUUGUGCAUGUGCGGCCGCAUUUUGGACAUAUAAGCUCUGCAGGUUGCAGUCGCCUACAAGCCUUGGGGAGAUCGGAAGAUAGUCGGAGGGGGUUGCAUUUUUGCGGACUGCCUGCUUUGUACUGCGCACCAUGUGCCGCCGGAGAGCGCCGCCGCAGCCGGUGCAAUGACCCUGUCUCCGCGGCAACUGGCCGGGCUCUGGCCGUGGCUGCUCAUGGCGGCCCUGCAGCUGGUGCUGGGCCAGACUGGCCUGGAGCUGGCGGCGGCGGCUGUGGAGUCGGAGCGAUCGGCCCCCAAAGCCGUCAUCAAGGUGACACCCCUGAAGCAGGAGCAGGCAGGGAAGCCCAUUACCCUGGAGGGGGUCUUUGCUGGGGCUGGGGUGAGAGGCCAUGCCGAAGGAAGGCUCAUGCAGUCCCACCCGCUGUCCCUAUGCAACACCAGCGAGGAUGAACGCCAAGAGAGCAUCUUCAUCAGCAUCGUCAAACUGGAGAACCCCGAGCACCAGGUGCCCCAGUGCCUCCCUCUGCUGGAGAAGGCUCGCCUGGCGCUGAAACGUGGAGCUCAGGCGGUCAUCUUUGACGUCACAGACGAUGCAGGUGCUGCAGUUGAGCUUCACGAAUCUUUGGUCAGCUCGGACUUCCUGCUCAACCCCGUGGUGUUGGUCCAGGCCAAGGAUGCCGAGGUACUUAUGGGCCUGGUCAACAGGAACGAAGAAGCCAUGGUUCGCAUCGAAGUCAUGAUCGAGCCGCCCAAAUGGCCUCACUAUGACGUUGGAAUUCUGCUCACCGUGGUCUUGGCUGUUCUGGCCAUCAUCAUGAUCUUUGCUUUUCGGUACCGCUGCAAGUCCAACCGGAACUGGGACUCGGUUCACCAGCAGACUAUGCGUGCCAUCAGCCAACUAGAAACGCGUACUUACAGCUCGCAGGGCUGUGCUGCAAGCCAGCGCCAUGGAGGCCACCGCGAGUCUGGCAGCAGCUCCAGUUCCAGUCCGAUGUGUGCCAUCUGCCUGGAGGAAUUCCUGGAUGGCCAGAACCUGCGCAUAAUAUCAUGCUCGCAUGAGUUCCACAAGGAGUGCGUCGACCCGUGGCUGCUGCAGCAUCGUACCUGCCCCCUGUGCAUGCACAACAUCAUGGGUGCAGAGCUGGCCCCCCGUCAACCUCAGCAAAUGCGACACCAGUACCCUGGACUCCACACCCUACAGCCACACCCCAUCCCCUUUCCCAUUCGCCAUCAUUACCCCCGAGUACCCCCUGGUCAGUACCCCCCCCUACGCCACAUUGGCAGCUCUCCUCCACUGGACCCACGCGUCCUGCGCUGCCUGCAGAACCGACCCCUGGGUCCGGCGCCAGCCCACUUUGGGUACCACCUUCCUGAAGGCCAUGGGACUCGGCCUCACCGGACCGGCAGUGGCUGCCGGACUGGGAGGCACCUGAGCCAGGCUCACUCAUACCGUACCUGUCAUGGCUACCGCCAGGGCUGCCCACCACCCCGCAGUGCCUCCAGCUCCCGGCUGCGGGCCUCAUCACCACCCCGUGUGGCUACUCACAGCCGGCAGGAUGAUGGCAGCUGCUCCGGGGGCAGCUACCGCACCGAGCGCAGUGGCUACUUCCCAGACGGCCCAGCCAGUGACUCCAGCUCAGGGCCCUGUCACGGCUCCUCCAGUGAUUCUGUUCUCAACUGCACAGAUGUGAGUCUGCAGGGCGUCUAUGGCAGCUGGUCCACUUUCCGUAGCUCCUUGAGCAGCGACUAUGACCCUUUCGUGUACUACGGACCGGGCCACACGCGCAGGGACAGUCUGGACGCCAGUGCUCGGCCCCGCUCUCUGGACUCGGUGGUCAAUCAGAGCUGCCCAGAGGAGCAGGUGUUCAACCACGUCCACUACCACCGUCACCGGCAUCACCAUUACGAGGACGGCGACCACAGCCAAGGUCCCGACAGGGGUGUGGACGAGGAGCGGGGUGCCGCCCCUGGCCCUGGUGCCAACAAGGACUCUCCUCCAUGCCAGGUCAAGCACAAGCCAUGCCAGUGCCCCAAGCCGGACCCCUCAGACAGGCCCCCGCACCGGCCUGAGAAACCCGAGUGCGAGCUGUCUGACCCUCCCCUGGGGCCCCCUCCCUGCUGCCACCAGGGUCCCAGCCGCCAUCACAGGCGGAAAAAGAGCACCUGCUUGCUGGAGGCCCCAGCCGUGCACUUCCACCAGAGCCUGGACCUGCAGGAGGACUGCAGCAUCCACAUCCACUACGGCCAGCCAGCCGGCUACUGCUGCCCCCCCGACAUGCCCCCGCUACUGCCCGUCCCCCUCAUCUUGGACUCGGGGGGGAUGGGUGACUGGCCGUGCUGCGGGGGCCAUGUUGUGUGGCAGAAGCGGGUCCAGCAGGCCCGAUCAGAGCCGCAGCUGCAGGGGCCCAGCGGCCCCGUGGACAGGCCGCAGUGUAGGGGCCACCAGCCGGGCGCGGAGCUUGCCCCGGACGUCUGCUUAUACUGCCAAACUUUACACAACAGUCAGGGAUCAGAAGAGGAGUCUGGUGUGUGAAUAUGAGAUGUAUCCCAAUGUCACGCUGCUACAAGGAGCCAGAAUGGACAAACAUAGCUACAGUAUAACACGAAAGUCUUCCAGAUAAUUCCAGAAUCCCUUUUCUGUCAGAAAUUUUCCAGCUCCUCCCAGUUCCAGAGGCACCAACCAGAUCUUUUCUAAUGGACACACUACUAAAAGUGGAGUUCAUUUAUGGAACAUAUAUAUACCGCAGACAUUAAUAUUGCCAUCUAGACACUGUACCAGAAACGCAGACUGCUAACUACUGCCCAAAUUCAGUUUUAGUUUCUUACAAUGAAAUAUAAUAGAUUUAAUGAAUAAAAUUAUUCAAGUGGCAAAAACUUUGGAGCUGGGAACUGCUUGAGUAAAAAAAGGAAAGAGAUCCACAAAGAGGGAGAAAUAUGUUUAUACAGACUAUUCAAGUGCCUUCAAGACCUCCCAGAAAAAUCAGCACUCAAGGACUGGACUUCCUUGGCCUGUCCCAGCUGAAAAACAAGCAUUUUAUCACCACAUUCUUUAAGGAAAUAUACACAGAUCGAAGAAAAAAAACACACAAAGAAGACAUUCAAUUAACCGUCGUUUUCAGGCAUGUAGGAAUCGGGAACUAUGGAAGACUUGUAGUGGUCACAGAGUCAGAGUCGGUUGUUCGAUGCACCUGGUCCUCCAGCAUACCUCAGGUUGCAGAUAGAGUGGGCAGAUUGGUGGCAGCAGCUACUGAGGGGCAGUGCCCCACGACCAGUGUGGUGGGUGGAACUGGGGGCAGUGGCUCCUUCCAGUUUGGUCUUGUGUUCCUCAUUGCUCGUGGAUCAGGUUCUCGAGCACUUCCCUCAGCUUCACCUGGGCCCUUACAAGUAUCAUUGUCACAUUUUGACCUGAGAUACUCUCAGUGCAGCCACCCCAUACCCCAGAUGGGCUCACAGAGAAAGAGGCUCCAUGCCAGGUGAUCGAACAAAAGGCAGCUCUGAGUCCUCAUUUCAUUUUUUUUCCUUCCUGACUUAGUUGUUUUCAAUGUUAAAGAAACAAAUUGACUGAAUUUGUUUUUUUUUUUUUCCUCUUUCACCUCGUCACUUUUCCAUUUCAUGCCAAUGCCCUCAGAUCAGCUCAAAAGUCUCGGAUCAAACAGGAUGGCGAUGCGGCGCUCGCUGGCUAUGGGAUCACACCCCCUGCUGCGUUGCCAAGUCAACCAUGGCAUCUUGCACGUCUGCAUAUUAUGGUCUAACAUUUUGGUCUACACGUUAUGGUCUAACAUUUUGGUCCUAAGUUAUGGUCUAACAUUUUGGUCUACGCAUUUUAGUGGCAGCAAUCAUUUGUCCUCUGCUUUAAGUUAAAUAUAAAAAAACACUGGUUGCUAUUUAAAAAAAAAAAGUGUUAUAAAAAUCUCAAAAAGGCCAAAGCUUAGGCAUAACUGUUUAACAUUAAAGCUGAAACAGCAGACGCUCUGUUGGCCGCGCAUUUGGGAGUCUGCGGUAUGAAUGUGAAUUUGUCGUGAUUUGGCCCAGCAGACCAAAAUGUUGCAAGUGGACACCGAGGGUAAGAGCUCAAGCUGGGGAAAACACAAAGCUUAUAGCACUUAACCAUGUCUCACCAAGCUAAUCUGACUCCGUUAUGAGCAUCAGUUGUAUUUCUCGUUAAAUGGGGAUGACUGGAGUUCAGCAUGGCUAAGCUUAACUAUUUUAUCUCAGCUAGUUUUAGUUGACUCCGAUCUUUCAAGGCCGUCACCCUCCGCUAUCGCUACGGCCAAGCAUCCGAUUGAUUGGAAGGUGAAUCGAGCCAAAUCUCAAUGUCGAACUUGCCUGCACGCAUGGUAGUUUCAGAAAUUACAGUCUGCAGUUAGUUUAGAAGAAUGUACACGUCAUAUAAUCACAAAAAAGCGGGAGUGAUGCGUCCCGUGGCCGUUGGUGGGUCAGGGCGCCACUGCUCGUGAUACUUGACAGUGCCUUACACCUGAAAUUGGUCUCAGAGCGGCUGAAAUGCAAACGGCUCUGCGGCAGACCAGCACUAUGCAGCUCGCUCUCUGCGGAAAUUAGCCUUAAAUGAAAUGUCACUGAGUUUCGGUCCAGUUUGGGUCCCUUCUUGUGUUUUUGUUUUGCUGUUUUUUUAGACACAGAAUGAGCUGAAACUGCCUUUCUUUCAAUAAAGCACAGUCCCUAUAAAAAUUCAAGGGAUUCCUCAGUAUAUUUUGUAAAUGAGAAAGUCAAAAACAAAAUAAAAAAUAAAGUGUUGUAUUUUAUAUAUAAUAGAACAUUUCAGUAUGGUAAUAUGUCACUAAUAUAUUUAUUUACUAAUAUAUUUAUCCAUUUUGGCCAGGUCUGGAAAUAUUUUCUUUUCCCUGUACAAAACAAUAUGUUUAUGAAAGAGUAAAUACCAUUGCUGAUGAUGUACCAGCCUGGCCUCAUUCCAAUUAUAUACAAAUAAAUUAUUUUGAAAUAAA